UUCACGGUACAUCAGUUAGUCCUAUAUAGGCUGUAGAUGGAGAAUCAAAAGUUUGGUGCAUAUAGUAAUAAACCCAACAUACUAAGCUAGAAAUAGUAAUGGCUUCUUCAGAAUCAUUACUCAUCAUCGUGUUCUUCUACUUGCUGAAGCUUAUUGUAACCACUGGUCCUCUGUUCUUCUGCGAAGCCGUGGCAAUAACUAUGGCGCCGCCACCACCUGAAAACGGAACAGUUGGUAGAGGAAGAACUUCUUCAGCUGUCUUCGUAUUCGGGGACUCGAUUCUUGAUACCGGCAACAACGAUCAUAUCGCAACUUUGAUCAAGUCCAACUUCCCUCCCUAUGGAAGGGAUUUUCCAGGAAGAAUUCCCACAGGUAGAUUCUCCGAUGGAAGGCUCAUUUCGGACUUCAUAGUUGAAAGUUUGAAAAUCAAGUAUCUUUUACCGCCUUAUCUCGAUCCGAAUCUUCGAGCUGAGGAUCUCAUAACGGGAGUGUGUUUUGCUUCUGCUGGCUCUGGUUAUGACCCCAAAACACCAAAGAUAUUAGUAAUUACCUUCCUGACUUCAUGUUAACACUAUGAUUUUUGCGGUAAUACCGUAUAUGUAUGUUAUUUCUAACCAUGACUUGUUUAAAAUAUGUAUAUCAGUCGGUCAUAUCAAUUCCAGACCAACUCAAUUUCUUCCAACAGUACGUGGGGAAGAUGAGAAGCCUAGUGGGGGAGCAGAGAUCAAACGACGUCAUUGAAAACAGCCUCUAUGUCAUAUCAUGUGGCAACAACGACGUCUUAUUGACUACUUUGUUUCAUACCAGAACAAAGUCGUCGGAAAUGGUUUCAUACGCUGCUUUUCUCGCCGGCCAAGCUUCCGCCUUUCUCCGGGAACUGUACAGACAGGGAGCUCGAAAGAUAGUUCACCUGAGUGCAUUAACGACGGGAUGUAUCCCCGCCUUCAGAACUUUGCUCGGCGGAGUACAGAGGCAAUGUUCCGACGAGUCCAACGAGCUGGCCGUGAUGUUCAACGAGAAGCUGAGCGACGAAAUUCAGCGACUAAACGAUGACGUUUUGCUUCCUGAUUUGACCGUCCAGUUUGUUGACAUGUACACGCCUUUUUUCGAUAUCAUUAGGCGUCCUGAAAACUAUGGGUUUGUUGUGACGAAGGAGGGGUGCUGUGGGACAGGAACUAUAGAGUUUGGAUUUCUUUGCAAUCGAUUGAGCCCUUCUACUUGUGCCGACAAUUCAAAGUACAUUUUUUGGGAUAGUCUUCACCCCACAGAAAAAGUCUAUAAAAUCUUGACUUCUGUAAUAAUGAAAGACAUAAAUAAGCGAUUAUAUUGAAAUCUUAUGUCACAUGCUUAGUAGACGAUGUUGGAAUACUACUUUGAGUUAAACUACUUAGACACAACAUGAAAAACAAGAGCCAAAUUCCAUGAGCUCUAUCCCUUUCUUAUAAAUUAUUUUGAGUUACGCAU